ACCGGAAGUACUUCACCGCAGUCUGACCUCUUCAGUAGUGCUGACAGGGCUCUACGGUCAGAUCGGUGUAAUGUGUUAAGAGUAAAUUAAACCUUUUUAUUUAUUUAUUCUCUCUCUUGGCUCACACAAACGUUUCUCCAGCACCAUGAGCACAAUGUUCGCGGACACCAUCCUCAUCGUGUUCAUCUCUGUGUGCACGGCGCUGUUAGCCGAAGGAAUUACUUGGGUUUUAGUUUAUCGCACUGAAAAGUACAAGAGGUUAAAGGCCGAGGUGGAAAAACAAAGCAAGAAAUUGGAAAAGAAAAAGGAAACCAUCACAGAAUCUGCAGGACGUCAACAGAAGAAGAAAAUCGAGAGACAAGAAGAGAAGCUGAAGAACAACAACAGAGACCUCUCUAUGGUUCGGAUGAAGUCCAUGUUUGCCAUUGGCUUCUGCUUCACAGCUUUGAUGGGCAUGUUCAACUCAAUUUUUGAUGGAAGAGUUGUGGCCAAGCUGCCGUUCGUGCCACUGUCUUACAUCCAGGGACUGUCACAUCGCAACCUGCUGGGCGAGGAUUACACGGACUGCUCCUUUAUCUUCCUUUACAUCCUCUGCACCAUGUCCAUCAGACAGAACAUACAGAAGAUGCUGGGUCUGGCUCCGUCCAGAGCUGCGACCAAACAGGCCGGAGGUUUCCUGGGACCUCCUCCUCAAGCAGCCAAGUUUUCCUGAGCAUCGUCGUCGUCACUUGUUCCCUGCACUGACUCCACGUGUCGUCACAUGUGAGCACUGAGAGAACGUGUCCUCUGCAGCUUCUGUCUCCUGUGGGACAUUUAUUUAACGUCAACAUUGUCUCUCGUAGGAAUCUGAAGAAACAAAAAUUUGUUCUUAACGUCACUGAUUUACCAAACGACACAAGCGUCUUCUUUGUGUUCGAGUCAUUGAUCAUCAAGUUUGGGAUUUUAAUUAUGAAUUGGCACAGUCAGUAUUAUUAUAUGUAAUUGUUAAUAAAGUUUUAUGAUUACAUUUUA